AUGGAUACAAUAUCAGAUGAUGAACUUUUAUACUUUGGUUCAAUUCUAAUAAAUUUAGCUUAUCACUCUGGUUCAGUUCAUCGAAGCCAUUUCGAUUCUGUAGAUGAACUUCGAUUUCAAACUUGCAAAGAUGAAUUUGCUAUGCAUUCAAUGCCAUCAAGAACAACAUUACCAAUGGAUGAUGACUAUCAUGAAUUGGUUCUUCCAUGUAUGCCAACAACUUUUAUUAAAAUACCAAUAACUACAGAUGAACUACAAUCUAUAGAUAAUGAUUUUAGUCGACCACUAAUUAAAACAAAACUUCCUAGCUGUUUAAAAGCUAUUGUAUCUGGUGCUCGAUCUGCUCUAAUAAAAUCUAAUUCAUCUAAAUGGUAUCGGUUAAAAGGAUGUGGUGAUAAUACAGAUGGCUUUUCAAUUAAACCUAUUUCAAACACAAGUACAAAACUAACUAUUCGUGGAUGUUCUUUUCUUCAUACAACUUAUCGAGAAUUAUUUAUGACAUACUAUAUAGCACAUCUACUUGCUCCACAUCAUAUUGAAUGUGCGAAUGUUCCUAUUGGUUGGUUUGAGUAUAAAUUAGAACAUGAAAAUUCUGACAAUACUUCUUCUGAUAUUCCAAUCAUACAAGAUACAAAUUUAAAUCAAUGGUCAAAUAUUGUACGUUGUUGUAUUAUUAUGGAAACAUUAGGUAAUAAACGUUUAUCUGAUCAUGUUUUAUAUGGUCUCGAACAAUUAUUUGAUUUGAUUAUUUGUAAUAAUAAGAAAUCACAUCCUGUUAAUCAAUCUAAUCUAAUAUCAUUAUUUCCAUCAGAACGUUUAACUAAAUCAGAACAAAAUAAUGAACAAUUUAUACCUUUAUCAACAUGGUUUGCAUCAUUAACAAAUAUAAUUCAACCAAUUGAUUAUCAAAAUUCAAAUUGGCUUCAUAUAUCAUCCUACUUUUCUGAUGAAAUACCUUCAGAUAUCGAUGAAAAUCGAUGGAAAGUUUUAUGGAAAACUAAUAUUGAAAUUAUAAAUAAUUAUUUACAAACACGAGAACCAUUAGCUAAUCUUUUAUGUUCACUUUAUAAACGAUUUGGUUUUGAAUGUGGAUCAAUUCUUGGUCUUAUACAUUAUCAUCAUAUAAGUUGGGGUACUUAUACAGAUGAAUUAGGUGUGCAUUGUAAUGCUCAUCCAAACAAUUUAGUUAUUAGAUUAUUUACUGCAACAUCAUCCUUCUUAUUAGCACCGUUAGAUUUUGAUAUGAGUUUUACAGAAGUAAGUUAUUUACCUAAUGAAAACAAUAAUCAAUCAUUUGAUGAGUUAAUCAAAUUAGAAUUAUUGGCUUUUCAAUUAACAUUAAGUGGAGAUUCACAAGCCAGUAGUGGUGUAACAGCUUGGAUAGAAAUGCCAGAUGAUCAAUGGACAAGUGUUCGUUGGUUGCUGAGAGAUAUUAUGUUAAACGAAUUCAAUCGAGUCUAUAAUGAAACUAUUCAAAAUGGAUCUAUUAAAUCAUUUGAUUCAUUUUCUAAUGAACAAAAUGAUGUCCUACAAUCACUGAUUCGUCUUGCUCUUAUAAAAACAAUGAAGGAAAUCGGUUAA